UUGAGUUUUAUGGGCAAUGAAAGUUUUUGUAGGGAAGCUUUCUCACAGGUGGUGGAGGCAUCCUGUGGCUUUACAGGUGAAUCUCGUGUGCCCUUUCCAUUAGGGCAGUGGUUCCCAGAUGGGGCUGCAGGAAAAGAGUGGGGCUGCCUGUGGUGGGGAAAGACUUGCUCUGGGCCCUGGCCUGGCUUGGAGGGAUAUCGCUGCUGUCACUGGGGCUGGCUCCCAGUUUGCACACCCAGCACUAGCUCAGGGGCUCUGGGACCCCUCAUCGGGGGUCUUGUCCCAGGCGCUCACCCUCUGCCAGAGCAAGGAGCAGGCAGCCAAGGCUCUGGCAGCAGCAAGAGUGGCUGCUCCCUGGUUCCCCUUCCCUGUCUCCUUGGGGAAAGCUUAUGCCUGCCAGGGUGGGAGGCAGCCUGGAGCCCCCAGGGGGCCUUGCCCUGCACACUGAAGGUUGGGGCUCCAGUGGCGUGAAGGGCAGCAGCUUUGGGCAUACAGAAAAGUAAUGGUGGCAGCUGGUGUGGCAGGUUCAGUCAGUAAUCUCCCAGCCUCCUAACGCGUGCUUUAUUUAGUGGUAACAUAGCACUCUGUCUUCCUGAGACCACAGCAUGACAGGAACAAGAUCAGCCUCCGUUAACCCCACACAUUCAAUUCAGAUUAUGUUCAUGACGUUGUAACGGUGGCAGACAGGAUUAGAAGUGUUACAAGCUGCAAGGAAUCGUCUUUCCUGUAAGUAACUGUCCCCUCGCGGUACCCUGCCUGCUCAGGCAUACCUGCAGAGCCAGGCAUCCUCUGCUAAGUCCCACUCCAGGUAGCAGUGUGAUUCCCCCAGGACACUCCUGGCUGUGAGGUCCCCUCUGUAGCAUCCCCAGGGCUGGUUUUUGAGCCUGACAACUGCAGGAGACCUCCAUCUGGUGGGAACCGCUCCCUGACGUUAGCUAAAGGCUCCCAGGCAAAAUGAAAAGCGCUUCUUUGUGAAGUUAAAUAACUCCUUCCCUGCAGUGCUUGCAAUGCAGCACUGCAGCAGGGCCCGAAGCCCAGGAUGCACGGCUCUCGGGCUUGGCUGGGGCUGCGACGUGCCUGGGGAGUUGUUAGCACAGGCAUGUGUGGAAGAAUAAAUCAGCAUCAGAAGCGGCUGCAGAGAGAGGCGAAUCUGAAGCUGAGGGCGGUAAAUCCAAGUUAAGGUGUCGGUGGAGCUGGGGACCAGCUUGUAGCUGUGGGAAGAGCUGUCCCCCCUGUGUUUUGGUUGUCAGAGUGCCCAGGGGAAGCUUUGUAGGGGUGGCUGGGUCCCUUUGGUAGCUGAGGUCUGGGAAAGGGGAGGAUGAUGUCUUGCCCGGUUGUAUUGUGUCUUGUCCGUACCACAUCAUACAAGCGGGACGGGGCCCUGGUGUGAUGGGGAUGGGGAGUGGGGCUGCUCCCCUGGCCCGGAGCCAAAGCAUCCCUGUGCCCCCCAGAAAGCGCUGGUGUGGAUGCCGCUGGCCCAGCACAGCGGUGCAGAGCCAGUCCCCUGCCUGGGACCCCGGGAGCUUUCAGGCAUGCCCUUGGCUCCCGCAGCUGGGCUCGUACCUGCUCCCUGAUGCCUUUCUCCCUGCCAAUGGGGAGGAGAGGAGCAGGAGAGCGGCGUUCUGCAGUUUGAAGGUCAUCUGCCAGCUCCUGCGAGCGGUGAAGCUCUCUGCGAGGCAGGCGUGAGGGGGUGCCGCUCCAGAGGGCCGUGCUGGUGCUGCACGGAGCCCGCUGCACCGGCUGCGGGAGCCCUUGGCCGGGGCCGGGGCCGGCGCAGUGGCAGGCGUCCAGGACAGCAAUGCUAAUUAGUGCUCGAGCUCCCUGCUUGAAGAACAGAGAGCUCUGCUUUGCUUUGGGCUUUUUCUUUUUUUUUUUUUUUUCCUCCCCCCCUUUAAGGUUUAGCUGAAGGCCUUGUGGAUAACAUUCAAAUGAGGGCUUUCAUUUGCAUACUUUGUUCGUGGUGAUAUCAUGGUUCCCUUUGAACCCGCGCUGUCUCUGUGGGUGCCAGCCCGCCCCCGCAGUUCCUCCAGGAGCAGGUCCCCUGUCUCUGCCGCGCUGGGGACAGGCGUGUUGGCUCCUGCCAUGGCAGCUUGGGGUGCCAAAGGGGAUGAGGGGUAACAAACCCAUCCCUGGGGUGGCGAGCUGGGCUCGUGCCCCCGUGCUGAGGCUGCGGGGAGGAGGAGGAUGCUCUGGGUCCCUGGCAGAGCCGGGAGCAGGACCUGGAGGGAGGCGAUGGCUGAGUCCUGCAGCCCCCCAUGUGCUCCCUGGGAGGGGAUCCCCACUGUGGCUGAUGCCCGGGAAGGACCAGGGGCUGCAGCAGGCUGGGCUGUGUGUGGGCACCGUGUCCUCACUCUCUCCUCCCCUCUCCCUGCCAGGUUUGCACAUCGUCGCCAUCGUCUUUGCCUUGGAGGUGUCGGUGGGGAAGACCAACACUGUGAUGGCUCUGAAUAACUCCGACGUCCUGCUGCCCUGCACCUUCACCACCUGCAUAGGCUUUCAGGACCUGGUCUUCACGUGGUAUUUCAACUCAACAGAGCUGAUUUACCACGGCAAGAUAAAGAGCAAAGCCUCGGAGCCCUUCCUCGUGGGACGCAACCCACGGGUCGAGUUCGUCGGCUCGACGACCGGCAAGGACAACAACAUCUCCAUUGUCCUGAAGAACGUGGAGUUCAGCGAUGCUGGGAAAUACACCUGCCACGUCAAGAACCCCAAGGAGAAGAACGCGCAGCACAAUGCCACCAUCUUCCUCACGGUGGUCCAGAAGAUGGUGGAGACAGACAACACUGUGACGCUCAUCAUCGUGGGCGUUGUGGGGGGGCUUAUCGGCCUGCUCAUCCUCUUCAUGCUCGUCAAGAGGGUUGUCCUGUUCAUCAUCAAGAAGACCCAGGAUGGGAAGAAGGAGUGUCUCGUCAGCUCGUCAGGGAACGACAACACCGAGAACGGCUUGGCCGGCUCCAAGGCAGAGCAAAAAGCACCACCAAAGGCAUGAAGCAGCGGAGCCCUGGCCUGCCCGGCGGCGGGGAGGGUGGGCAGGGGGACAAGCCUUUCCCUUUUCUUUUCUUUCCAAACUGCCAACGCUUGAGACAUGUUUCUAUUACACACGUGCCUGCAACCUGCACUGCUUCUCAGAAAAGACUUCGGCUGCCACGGGGACUGGGAGCUGCUUGUGGACUCGGACUGGGAUGCUGCCGGGACGGAGGGAGCCGCCUGCUCCACUCUGAGUGAAGGCAAGAGGGUGCCGGGCGGGCAGGG